AUGGGAGCGCGGCAGUCGAGUGAGGUGGCGCAGGACGCCGAUGUGUUUGUGGACUACUAUGAGCUGUUGGAAGUCGACCAGAAUGAAUCUGCAGAAGUGAUUCGCAAAGCGUACCGUAAGCUUGCGCUGCGCCUACACCCCGACAAGAAUCCCGGCAAUGAGCUGGAGGCGAACAAGAAGUUUAACAAGCUCCAAGAAGCGUACGAGGUCCUGUCCGACGAGACGGAGCGUGCAUGGUACGACCAGAAUCGCGACCGCCUGAUCCAUGGCAUGGAGGAGGAUGUCGAAGAGGACGUGGAUGCCAAGUUCCGCUUCUUCCGCUCCGGCGGUGCGGCGCCGAAAGCGACGUCGUCCGCGCCCGGCGUCGGCGUCGCGCACCUGCUGCGUUUCUACUCGCCGUCAAUCGCCAAGGACCUCAGCGACUCGGAAUCGUCGUUCUACGGAACCUACCGGCGCCUCUUUGCGUUGAUCGCCGAAGAGGACCGCGUCGCUGCGCCCUAUCCUGGCGAAGAGCACGAAAACGACUUUGCGGAUCCGGACCGGGACGAUGCGUACUGGUACGUCGGUUUCGGUCAUCCGAACACGCCGUACGUGGAUGAGAGCGGUCGCCGCGACGUGCGCCAGUUCUACCAGUUCUGGACGAACUUUUCGAGCCGCAAAAACUUUGCGUGGAAAGACAAGUACGACCUGCGCGAUGCACAGGACCGCCGCGUGAAGCGCCUGAUGGAGAAAGACAACAAGCGUGCGCGCGAUGCUGCACGGCGCGAGUACAACGACGCCAUCCGUGCGCUGGCUGUCUUUAUCCGCCGCCGCGACCCCCGAUUCAAGGCGUACCAGGCGAAGCAGGCCGACAACGCCCCUCUGGCUGCCGAAGAAGAAAAGCGGCGCAAGGCCGAGGCGGCCAAGCGCCAGGAAGCCAAGCGCCAGGAGGCGGCCUCGUUCCAGGCGCAGAGCUGGCAGAUGGCGGCCGAGCCCCAGGCGGAGUGGGCGUCUGACUUUAGCAGCGGCGAGUCGUACGACAGCGACGCGCCGCCGAGCGUCGGUAGCGACGAGGAGCUGGAAGAAGAAGGCCUGGACUGUGUCGCGUGCAACAAGCGGUUCCAGACGCAGGCUGCGUGGGAGAACCACGAGCGGAGCAAGAAGCACAAGAAGGAAGUGCAGCGUCUGCAGCGCGAGAUGCUCGAGGAGGACGAGCUGCUAGGCGACGCACUCGCGGAGGACACUGCGUCGCUGGCGCUCGACGAGCCCCAGAGCGACGAAGAAGUUGCGGCGCCCCGCAAGAAAGACAAGAAGAAGAAAAAGAUGGAGAAGAAGAUGCGUGCGGCCCUCGGCGAGGACGAGGAACCCGCUGCGAAGGUCGCCGCACGCAAAGCGGCCGAGGAAAAGGCUGCCAAGGCCGACGCUGCUGCCAAGGCCCUUGCCGAGAAGCUGCCGCACCUCGCCGAGUUGCCGCGCUUCCCCACGCCGCCCGAAGGCUCGUUCGACAUCUUUGGGUACGGCUCACUGAUCUUUAAGCCGCCGCCGCAUGCUAUCGGCUAUACCCCCGGUUUUAUCCGCGGCUUUGCGCGCCGCUUUGCGCAGCACUCGGAGGACCACCGCGGCACGCCCGAGCGCCCAGGGCGUGUCGUGACGCUGGUCAAGUCCGAGGACUGGCGCAAGCUGCCCGAUGCCGACGAGGCCCCCGAAGGCGAUAUUGUGUGGGGCAUCAGCUAUACCAUUGAUCCUGCGCACGCGACAGAAGUGCGUGCGUACCUCGACCACCGCGAAAAGAACGGCUACACGGCGAUGCAGGCGCCGAUCUGGGGCGUGGCGUCCGACGUAGAAGCGAGCGCCUCGUCCGAGGACCAGGUGCUGAUCCCCGAGGCGCUCGUGUAUGUCGGCCUGCCCGACAAUAAGGCGUUUGUGGGCGCCGAGCCGCUCGAUGCAUUGGCCGAGCGCAUCUAUACCUGCGAGGGCCCCAGCGGGCGGAACGACGAGUACCUGCUACGCCUCGCUGAGGCCGUGCGUCUCCUCACGCCGCACAGCGUCGACCACCAUCUCUUUACGCUGGAAGAAAAGGUGCUCGCCCUAAAGGCCGCCGGCGAGGCCGAGCAAGCCAAGAAAAAGAAGCGCUCCAAGCGCAGCGGCGACGGCGGCCCCGAAAAGUGCAACGUGUGCCACAGCGGCUUCCAGUCGCGCUCCAAGCUCUUUGCGCAUAUCCGCGAGACGGGCCACGCGGCUGCCGAGUCAAUGUCCCGCCGGAAAAAGAAGUAG